AUGCAGAAGUUCCUUCUUUUUGCAAAGCCACUAGGAUUUGACAUGAACCAACUUGGAGAGCUUGUGCAGAAGAUCAAGGAAUCUUUUUGUCUUACCCUUGUUCAUUUCUAUCCAUUAGCGGGUCGUCUUGCAACACUAAAAAAAGAAGAGAGUAUAGACUUGGCAAUUUACAUUGCCUGCAAUAAAGGUUCCAGGGCUCGAUUUAUCCACGCAUCACUAGACCUGGCUAUAGAUGAUAUACUUUCACCAACAUAUGCUCCUGGGAAUGUCAGAUCAUUCUUUGAUCACAGGAGGUCAAUCAACUAUUAUGGUCACACAAAGUCUUUGUUGACCAUUCAAGUCACUGAAUUGACAGAUGGAAUCUUCAUUGGAUGCUCCAUGAACCAUAUGGCAACGUCAACAAAAGCUGACUAUGGUGAAUUGCUGGAACAAAGCCUAGGAUGGGCAGUGUGGUUAUUGCAUCAUGCAGUGAUCAAUCAGACACGUGUAUCACAUGAACAGAUCGAAUCAUGGCUUCAAUCCGGAGAACUACUUCGGGCUAGUGAUCCGCCUGAUUCCUAUAGCAAACUCUUGGGAUGCUCUCUACGAUUCAACAUGUAUAUAACAGAAUUUGGACUUGGGAAACCAGUCGCAGUUCUAAACGGGAGCACAAAUAAAUUUGACGGGAAACUAAUAGUGAAUCCAGGAGCCGAAGAAGGGGGAAGCAUGGACUUUGGGAUUUGCCUUCUACUUCAUGUAACGACUUCUCUUGUAUCUGACAAGGAGUUAAUGAGACAGUCGCUUAGCUUAUGA